AUGUCGACAGUGCUUACUGUGGCGGCUGUUGCGGCGCUAGGGGAGACCGACCAGGUGGUGACCCCGUGGGAGGUGGCCGGCACGGCACAAGGAGGAGUCAACUACGAUAAGUUGGUGGACCAAUUUGGGUGCCAACGCAUCGACGCCGCGCUCGUCGACCGCAUCACGCGCCUUACAUCCAGACCGCCGCAUCGCUUCCUCCGCCGUGGGAUCUUCUUUGCCCAUCGCGAUUUGAACCAGAUAUUGGACCUGUACGAGCAGGGGGGAAAGUUCUACCUCUACACGGGAAGGGGACCCUCCUCGGAGUCACUGCACCUUGGCCACCUUGUCCCCUUCAUGUUCACAAAGUACUUGCAGGAUGCCUUCAAGGUGCCUGUAGUGAUACAGUUAACCGAUGACGAGAAGUUCCUCUGGAAGGACUUGUCUAUUGCGGAAUCUAAACGGCUUGCCCGUGAAAAUGCCAAAGACAUCAUAGCUUGCGGGUUUGACGUUGAAAGAACUUUCAUUUUCUCAGAUUUUCAAUAUGUUGGAGGUCCCUUCUAUGAAAAUAUGAUGCAAGUUGCAAAGCGUGUGACAUUUAAUACUCUUAGAGGCACUUUCGGAUUUACUCCAGAAGAUCACAUAGGAAAGUGUUGCUUUCCUCCUGUGCAAGCUGCUCCAUCAUUUGCUUCGUCAUUUCCCCAUUUCUUUGGGGUUAAUGACCAGCCGCGGUGCCUUAUUCCAUGUGCAAUAGACCAGGAUCCUUAUUUUAGAUUGACUCGUGAUGUUGCUCCUAAAAUGGGUUAUCCGAAACCUUCACUUAUUGAAUCAAAGUUUUUCCCUGCUCUUCAGGGGGAGUGUGGUAAAAUGUCUGCCAGUGACCCGACUAGUGCAGUAUAUCUGACAGAUAAACCUAAAGUAAUUAAAGAAAAGAUUAGGAAAUAUGCUUUCUCUGGUGGCCAGUCCACCACGGAGCUCCAAAGGAAAUAUGGAGCAAACCUCGAUGUUGAUGUCUGUAUCAAAUAUUUAAAUUUCUUCCUUGAAGAUGACGCUGAGUUUGAGCACAUAAAGAAGGAAUACAAAGUUGGGAAUAUGCUAACAGGCGAAUUGAAAGACCGUGUCGUUGGCGUUCUAUCGAAGAUAGCAUUAGCACAUCAGAAUGCUAGAGCUCAAGUGACCGAGGAGAUGGUUGAUGCAUACAUGUCUGCUAGUCCUCGUCCCAAUAUGUUUGGGACCCAUUCUGAUUAUGUGAAAUCGUAA